AUGUUCAAACAAUAUUGUGUCCCAAUUACCACAAUCUCGUCUUCAUUUCCACUUUUUCCUAUUGAUCGUGCUUCUGCCAUAAUUGUAGAAAAAUUCCUUCAACCAUUUGGUAUGCAUAUUCAUGACUUUGGAAUAUGCAUGCCCGAACAGUCCGAAAAUGGCCUAAUUGAAAAAACUUUACAACAGGCAUCGCCUGCAGAAUUUAACCUGGUCACACUCCCAGGAAUUAUUGACAAAUUUAAUUUACAACAACAGUUCGUCUUUAACACUAUUAUUGAGAAACUGCAUAACAAGAAACCUUAUGUCUGUUUUGUUGAUGGACCAGCUGGUACUGGGAAAACUUUCUUAUACACUGCUAUUUUGUCAUACACAUCUGAUCAUACCAUUAAAUCUAUUGCUGUAGCAACAUCUGGAGUUGCUGCAUCGCUCCUUCCUAAUGGACAAACUGCCCACUCAAAAUUCAAAUUGCCAUUGGAUAUUAAUGAGCAUAAGACUUGUCAGAUAAGCAAACAGUCUACCUUAGCAAAUGAGUUACGACAUACCGACCUAAUUAUUUGGGAUGAAAUUUCAAUGGCAAGACGUGAACUAAUUGAGGCUUUUGACAUUACUAUGAGAGAUAUUAUGGAUAACAACAUCAGUUUUGGUGGUAAAGUUAUAAUCUUCGGGGGGGAUUUCCGUCAAAUUACUCCUGUUAUAAGAGACGGAACAAAGGACCAGUACAUCGAAGCAAGUUGUGUAUCGUCUCCUCUAUUUACACAUGCAGAUAAGUUUCACUUAACUGUCAACAUGCGAGCACAAAACGAUAAAUCAUUUGCAGCAUUUCUUGAGGAAGUAGGGAACAACUCUUGUGUAAAUAACAACAAAGGAGAGAUUCAGAUCCCAACAACUUCAUUGAUUACCUUUGAAAAUAAUAACUUGUUGCAACUAAUUGACAAGAUCUACCCACAUAAUUUACUCCAUCGAAGUUCCUCUGCUGCAUUAAUAGGUAGAUCUAUACUGACACCAACCAACGAGACAGUUGAUACUAUUAACAAUCAAAUAAUUGAAAGCAUGUUUGGAGAACCAAUCGUACUAAUUGCAAAAGAUGUAACUAAAGAUCCAUCACAACAAGCACAUUAUGAAGAUUACCUAAAUACUUUGACACCUAAUGGUAUGCCACCUCAUAGAUUAGUUUUGAAGACAGGUGCACCAAUAAUGCUAUUGCGUAACUUAGACCCCACAAAUGGCCUUUCAAAUGGUACACGGCUUGUUUGCAAGCAAAUUACACGCAAUCUCUUACAAGCAGAGAUUGCAACUGGCCCGCAAAAAGGAACUUUAUGCUUCAUACCACGAAUACCUUUAAAGCCUAACAAUAUACAUGAAUGCUCUGUUGAGUUCAUACGUACUCAAUUUCCAGUGAAGUUGUGCUUCUCAAUGACCAUUAACAAAUCACAAGGGCAGACAUUAGACGUUGUUGGAGUGUACAUGAAACAACCAGUAUUUAUGCAUGGCCAACUAUAUGUUGCAUUAUCACGAGCAAAAUCUUUUGACUCUUUGCAUGUCCUCAUUCCUUCAGACAUCAACACUGGAAUGCAUUGUUCUUGGACGAAAAACAUAGUUUACAAGAAGCUUUUACAAUUGGCUGGCAUUAAUAUACCUCCACUUCCAAAUCCCACAUAG